UUCAGACACUCGCCCGCGCGAGGCACAACACCACCACCACCACCACCACCAUCAUCACGACCACCACCAACACCACCACCAGCAACAACAACAACAACAAUCUCCGGUAGACGCGAGGCGCAGAGCACGAGCCGGAGCGCGUGUGUAGAUAGAUGAAGAGGGUGGGAUGUGUCUUCUCCUGAACGCGGUGUUACGGGGAAUAACUGUUCAGCGUGGACAGCGACCGGCGCGCGCACAGAGACGGGAGACAGGAGACGGGAGACAGGAGACGGGGGACGGCGGAAAUAUUAUCGGAAACAGGAGAAGGAGGAAUCCACCGCUGAUGAGGGAGAGGAAACACUCUGGGGUCAGGGAAUUAAAGAAUGGCCGCUCCUGAUCUUCUGGACCCCAAAGCCGCUGCUCACAACUCCAAGCCGCGACUGUCUUUUUCUGCCAAGCCGGUGGUGCUGAACACUGAGGAUGAGUUUGAGCCGCGUGUCAGCGUCAUGCGCUGGAAAACCGUGCUCACCGUCUUCUUGCUGGUCGUUCUUUAUCUGAUCAUGGGAGCCACUGUGUUCAAAGCGCUGGAACAGCCGCACGAGAAUUCGCAGAAACUCGCCAUCCUCAGCCAGAAGCUGCAGUUCCUCAUCGAUCACCCGUGCGUCAACUCCACCGAGCUGGAAGAGUUAGUGAAGCAAGUGACGUCGGCGAUCCGAGCCGGCGUGAAUCCGUCUGGAAAUUCGUCCAACGUGACGAGUUUAUGGGACCUGAGCAGCUCGUUCUUCUUCGCGGGGACCGUCAUCACCACCAUAGGAUUCGGGAACAUUUCCCCUCAUACGGAAGGAGGCCGGAUAUUCUGCAUAGUGUACGCGUUGUUGGGAAUCCCUCUGUUCGGCUUCCUGCUGGCCGGAGUUGGCGAUCAGCUGGGGACCAUAUUCGGAAAGGGCAUCGCUAAAGUAGAGAAGAUGAUCGUGAAGUGGAAUGUGAGCCAGACCAAGAUCCGCGUGAUCUCCACGGUGCUCUUCAUCCUCUUCGGCUGCCUACUUUUUGUCACGUUGCCAGCCAUCAUCUUCAAGCACAUCGAGGGCUGGAGUGCACUCGAGGCCAUUUACUUUGUCGUCAUCACCUUGACAACCAUCGGCUUUGGCGAUUUCGUCGCUGGCGAGGGCGAGCGCCGUCAGCACCAGGACAGCAACGGUGGCUCUGAGAUGGAGUACCUGGACUAUUAUAAACCGGUGGUAUGGUUUUGGAUUCUGGUGGGCCUGGCUUACUUCGCCGCCAUCCUUAGCAUGAUCGGAGACUGGUUCCGGGUCAUCUCAAAGAAAACCAAGGAGGAGGUGGGCGAGUUCCGGGCGCACGCUGCCGAAUGGACGGCUAACGUGUCUGCUGAGUUCAAAGAGACGCGCCGGCGCCUCAGCGUGGACAUCUACGACAGGUUCCAACGUGCCGCUUCCAUCAAGCGCAAGCUCUCGGCUGAGCUUGGCAUCAACAACGCACCAGUCAGCCAGGAGAUGACGCCGGGCAAGCGAGCGCUCUCAGUCAACUUGGGAGAGGACCGAGAGACGUAUCCGUCCCUUGCACUGGCACGCAACGGCAGCCUUUUCCUUAACGGCCUCAGCCCGGAAUAUGCCGACCGGCGUGACAUUGCCAUCAUAGAACAUCUAAAAUGAGACGCAAUGAGGGGAGACAAAAAGUAAAAGAACUAUGGAAGACUUUGGAAUAUUGUCAAGUGACAGAGUACGCAAUAUGCGAGAAAGGAUAGGUGUGUCGGAUUACCGGAUUCGAACUUAUGCACCGAUCGAUCAAUUCUCAUCCACGACGUUCUUUCCUAACGCAGGAACAAACACCAGAGCAUUUUCAGGAUUAACCCUCCUGCACAUGCACCCUUGACCCUGCCCCCUUUUUUUCUCUGAGAAGCUCACCAAGGAGCUUUCAAGUCUCUGACCAAUGAAGGUAUUCUUCGUUGUAUCUCUUGUCAACAAUGAACCAGAUAUGUCUUUUCUUCUCACUUAUUUGAGGACUAACAAUUUGAAUGUCAUUGUGCUUGAGACGUUCCGGGAAAGCAAGGAAUGCCCAUGUCUACGUCUUGUAGCCCUGAGAUUCAUUUAGUGCCUUAAUGACUACCGAACUCAACCCUGCAUGUAUUGAUCUAUUUCUGGAACCUGCUCAGAUAUCAACCUAAAAGCGACCCACAUGGGGUUUGAAAUCCCACGUAUAGGCAAGCAGGUGACCCCGGAGGGUAACCAAGGUCCACUGUUGCUAUGACGAUCUGGGAAAAGGACACAAGGCUCUCGGUUGAAUCCCUCGAGGAUCACCAUGGUUACUACGGCAUGCCAACCGAGUGUAUUCUGCCUCGCACACACACUUUCCACUUCACACAGACUACAAAUCAGUGACUCUUGAGCGAUCCGGUGGCAUUUCGGAUGCAGACUGCCUUCGCAGUUCCACGAUACAUUUUGAAGAAUCCACACAAUUUGGUUUAGAAAUGACAAGCCCUACAUUACAAGCCGGUUUCAUGCGUUUGAUUAUAAAAUAUUGACAGCAAUAUUUUAUUUUGUAACUUUGUUCUUAGUGCUUGCGAUUUGCUUGAGGUUUUUCUCCCUGAAGCACCUUGCCCACCAUGGACAGUGUCUAGUUCAUAAAAGAUCCAAGUGAUUCCAGAGGUUUUAAAGUUAUCACUAAAUAAUAAUGGAUAAGACAUAAAACAUAUGUGGGCUAAUGAUUAGCAAGCAGGGUUAGAGGGUUAGGGUUAGGGUUAGGUUUAGGGGUUAAGCAUAUGGGACUAUAGUUAGGGUUUAGGGUUUGGGUAAGUGGUUUUGGGUUAGGUUUUAUGGUUAGAGGAAAGGUUUAGGGUUAAGGAGUUAAGGUUGGACUUAGGGAUUUGGUUUACAUUUAGACUUAGGUUUGGGUUAGGGAGUUAAGAUUAAGGGUUUGAGUUAGGGGUAAGAGAUUUAGGUCUGGGUUGGAGUGUGGGAUUUGAUUUUAGGUUAUAUUUUUAGGAGAAAGGUCUAGGGUUAAAGAGUUAGGGUUUGAGUUAGGGGUUAGGGUUAGAAUAGGGUUUGGGUUAGGGUAUGGUGAUUGGGAUUAUGUUUAUGUGAUUAGAGAAAGGUUUAGGGUUAAGGAGUUAGGAUUGGAGUUGGAAUUAGAAUUUUAAAUUAGG